AUGAGUGUUCCUUUAGCAGUCCAGGUUUUGAGUAGCAGCGUAGCUGAUGCAUUACAGUUCUUACAAACAUGUAAUAAUAAUUUUAAUAAUGUUACUGCUACUAUUGAAUUUAUUAGAAUUUUUGAUAGACUAUUUGACAUUAUGAACGCUAGAAAUAGUUUUGGUAAAGGAUUUAAAUCUCCUAUGAAAUUGAGUAAUCAAUUUGUUUGGGAAGAAGUAUUUGAGAGCGCCAAGAGUUAUAUCUUACAAUUGAACUGUGAGGAAAAGAAUAUUUUACAACACCGUAGGAAAACCUUUGCAUUAGGUUUUUUGAUUAAUAUUUUGAGCUACAAAAAUUUAGCAUUAGAUUUAUUAACUAGAGAAAAUGAACCAUUAUUAUAUUUCCUACCCUAUAAAACAUCCCAAGAUCAUGCAGAAAUUACAUUUUUAUGUAUAAGAUCUGCAGGGGGAUGGAACAAUAAUCCUUCAGCUCUUCAAUUCAAAUGGAAUAUUCGUAAAAUGUUGUAUAGAAAUUCAAUUUUAUCCAGUAAAAAUGCCAAUAUCCAAGAUUUAGAGAAUAAAGAUGAAUCAAUUUCUAUUGGAAUUUUUUCUCUAUCACAUGAAAAAAGUAUUUAUGUUGAUAAAGAAUUUAUUGGUGAAGAAUUAGUCGAUGAAGAAGUAUUGUCAUUUUCAUAUUUAGAUGACCAUGACCAUGAUCAUACAUUUAGUCAUUACCAAAAAAAUAUUCUUUAUUAUAUAGCAGGCAAUGCAGCUUAUAAAUUUAUUGAAAAGUUUCCAUGUUCAUUUUGUGAAGAUAUAAUUUUAAAUAAAGAUAUGUUUAGUAAGGAUCAUAACUAUUUAUUAAUACCAUUAACAGAUUAUGUUUCUUUCACAAAUUUUAAAAAUCGUGGUAAACUGAAGUUUGUUUCAACGUUUAUAUUUGAUAUAAUAUUAUUUACUGAAAAAUGUUAUCAAGCAUAUUCUUCAAACAUAAAAAAUAAUAACUUUAAAUAA